UGUUGUUGUCAAAGCGAAGGUGGAUGACAAGCCAGACAGACAGUCGGCGACGACGACGACGUCAAAAAAAAGUGCAAAAGAAAGGUUGUGCAGCUGCUGCCUGCUAGGGAAAAGUGCUUUUUUCUGGCCUCUUGUGUGUUGCAGCAGUCGAAUUGCAUCUUUGCUUCCCAUCCCAGGCCGGUCGUGUGUUUACAAACGAUUUUUUUUACGGCUGCAAUUUUCCUGUUUUACAUCCGAAGGGUGCUGCUGCUGCUGUUGUUGUUGUUGAUCUCUGCGAGGUGGACGGCUCGAAAUGACUGCGACUACGCUUCCCACGAUCUGCAAAGACCUGGACGGUGACGACCGGUGGCUGAGUGUGCACAAGCGAUUUGUGCAGGAGUGCAAGGAGAAGGAUCCGGAUGUGAUGUUUGUUGGGGACUGCAUUCUGGAGUCGCUGCAGUUCACCGAGUACUGGAACAGUCACUUUGUGCCGAUGCAUUGUUUGAAUUUUAGCAUACGAAACGACCGGAUUCAGAACGUGCUCUGGAGGCUGCAGAAUGGAGAGCUGGAGAAUGUUAGACCGAAGGCCAUUGUGCUGCACGUUGGGACGAAUAACAUUAGCGAUAGUGCUGAGGAGGUAGUCGAAGGAAUGCUGGAAUUGGUGAAGACGAUUCGGGGCAAGCUGCCGGAUGUGUACAUUGUGAUUCCGACCCUCCUGCCGCGUGGCCACCAGCCGAACGCCCUCCGGGACAAGAACGGUGCCGUCAACCAGCUUCUCAAGGAACGCCUCGUCGGCAUGAACAAGGUGCAGAUCGUUUGUGUCGACUCGGGCCUGAUACAGAGCGAUGGAACCAUCAGCCAUCACGACAUGUUCGACUACCUGAACCUGACCAACGUCGGCUGCAAGAAGGUUUUCGAACCCGUUUGGGACCUGCUGCAACAGAUACUGACCGAAAACGAGAAGGAACGUGAUCUCACUCCGUCGGAGUGAAUGCGAGCGAGAGUCAAUUGUUUGCGUGGCAGCAGCGGCGGUGGGAGUGCUGUUCGACAUUCCCACACUUAUACAUUCUUAGGGUCCCUUUUUUUAGGUUUAUUUGUUUUGUUUCGUUCGCAGCUAGAGAAGUAGGCAUACAGUUUAAAUAAUCACAUAAAUUGCACAUUCUUAUUGAUUACGGUAGAAAAGCUUGUAGAAAUGCGUUUAUUUACGCUAGGUUUAUGAAUGUAUUUCAUACUGAUUAUUAUUUUUACUCACAAUGAUAUUAUUUAUUACACGUUUUCUAUAUUAACUAGGCUUACUGCUAGCUUUAUACCGAAAUGGUCAAAGAUUUUUUUUCUUUAGAAAUAUAAUUAGAUAUAUUGAUUAAAAAAAGCUUCCAAUAAGUUCUGCUGAUUCCAAGAAAAUACCGUACUAGGCUAGUGGUUAGGAUUCCAAUACCCAUUCCGUAGACUGUCUUCUUAAUAAAGUAGUGAUUUUUUAAAACAUUCCACCUUACCUCACAAAAUAACAAAUACAAAAACGAAGAAACGAAUAUUUCCACAAGUGAAACACCUAGAAUAUACUAUGAUCUCAACUUUGAUGAACUGAAAUCUACGGCAAAAUACAAAUCUAAUCUAAAAUGGUUGCAUGGUUUACAGUACAUAAAAAAAAUACAUUCUCACGUUAAAUCUACAACUAUUGAGCAGGACUUUUUUUUAACCUUCCAGGACGCGCGCCAUCAAACAACCGAAACUGCACCACGCUCGUGCUGUAUACGGAAAGCGAGGUUUUUUGGUAGUGUUGUACUUUUUACAACAGCGCGCGCGCUGAAGGAUUAAGAAUGAUUGAAAAGACUAUAAACAGGACUUGAUCAAGCUAAAAACUCAGAUCGAAUUGGAAUCGUAGUCUAAAGAUUUCAGAUUUCUGGUGCAGUGCACGGUUGGCCCGUGCUUUUCGAAUAUGUUUUAUAUAUUAUGAUUACAUUUUACUCAACCUUAUACUGGAUAAUAGACAUACACACACAUAUUACGUUCAACAGAAAAAUUGUCAUCCGGGUCGGAACUCGGCAUCGGAUUAUAGGUAUUCCAAAGAUUAUGGUUUGACGAUACUGAUGCCUAAACGAAAGAAGAAUGAAUAAAUGUCAGUACAUUGUUGGUACAUUCCAAACAGGCACGGAAGACGUUUUGGAUGUGUGAAAAACAACCCCCAAGAAUGACUAGAUGGAAAUAAAGAUGCUGU